CCCUCAUCCCAAUACAAUUCUAUUUAGCAAUAACAAAAACUUUGUCACAAUGAAGGUCAUCGCCGCUCUUAUCGUAACCGCAAGCACUGUUGCUGCAUUUUCCCCCGCCUCCUUCGGAACCAAAUGUACGUGCAAACUUGGUUCACGUUCCCAUAUGUCGAAUUACGGUGUGAUGCAGCCUAGAGAGUCUGAAUUUGAACACGGUCGUAGGAUGAUGUUUCUGUUACUCUUUUCUCACAUCUAUUUUCACUGACUGUACUAUUGUAUCAGCCUCCACUGCCCUUCGGGAAGGAGAGUACGAUUUGGACUACGGUGCCAAGAACGGUUACGAAACUGCCAGUGUUGGUGACGGUGGCCAAGGUCAAUUCGGAGCUCGUUCCCCUAGUAACUGGAGAGUCCCAGGAACAUCCCCAAUCGGUCAAGGCUCAUGGCCAGGAGCCGCCGAUGGUGGAGAUGAACCUUGGUUUGCCGAAGCCGUCUCGACCGUUUCUCUUGACUUGGAGAAGGCCGGAGAAACUAUGUUGGCAUUCACGAAAGAAGCCGCACAGUUCAAGAUCAGUGCUUUUUGCGAAGCGAACGGUGUUGAAGACCAAGAGAAGGCUCUUGACGAUCUUGUUGGUGCUCUCGGAUACGACAAAUUCCUUGAAUCCAGCGUAAAGCAGCUCGCAAAGGCAUACAAAAAGCUUUACCCUUCUGAAAAGGAAUAAGUUGAUUGUUUCCGCUAGGAAACACCCCCAAGGUGACCCCUCAUCUUGCACCGAAAUGCGACGACACCACAAGCGAUGUUGUCCCAUCGUUAACCGCUCUAUACGGGCAUAUACUGAUUCGCUUUUGCUAUGUAGUCAUGUUGUCCUUUACCAGCUUGGUUACCGGAUAUUUUUGUAUGCUGAAUUUAAAAACGCUGCCCAAAUAAACUAAGAAGGCAUGUUGCACACAAAUUCUAGACUCAAUGAGUUUUUCCCAGCAUGUCAUCUAUGUAGUUGCUGUUUGCUAAAAGUUUGUUGCAAGUUGAAUGUGAUAAUAUACUUCGCCGAUCGAACUUGCGAAUAAUGAGCCAAAAUUGAGAACGAUAAGCACCUUUUGUUCGAAGUUGCCGUUUGAGUACGGCCGGCUCAGCUACUAAUGGUUGAAGCUUCUUAGGAAUGAAUUGACUAUAACGUUUUAGAGCAGCAUGGUGUCCUCGAUUGGACUACUAGUACUCCCUAACAUUGAAUCAGUAAAUAUACUAAUCUUAUUCAAUAGAGUAAUUCAAGAUACCGCUAGUGUUGCCAUAAAUAUCUUGUAUAUAUUGAAGAUGCGAUGGAAUACAGAAAUUGAACCCUGGCCAAUUGAUGAAGUUGUCGGGCAGAUUUAAAAAGCGAUAUGUGGUGCUAAAGAGGAGGCAACUCUUGCUCGGCACAGUCCUUUGACCCAACCGUUACAAUAUUGCGAUCUGGUUGCACUGGUGUCCCACCACCCAAGCCCAUAUACGGCAUUCUUGGUGAAGUUGGAACGCUUAGAAAGUGAGCUGAAGAUGCUCCACCGAAAUCCUCUUUAUUGAUCGCUGUAGGGCGAUCUAAAUGAAGAUUUUUAUGUGCCAUCGCAACCUUCAUUGGACCCCUUUUGCUUGAAUCAACUGUGAAAAGCAAAUCAUCAGUGUUUGCGGGCCAAUAAUAGGACCUACCUGGUCGGCAUACUUUUCCAUCUAAGUCACCGGAACCUUCCAAAAUGAUAAGAAUAACAGGAACGCCGGGAUUCUUAAAUUUUGAUUGUUUACCGGGUUCCACUGUCAAGAACAUAACUUCAAACUCAGGACAAGGAGGAGAAUAACGAAUGACAUCAGGAUUUUCCAUUGAGUAAGCUCCACCAUCGAUAUUUGGCCCUCCCAUACUGUAGGUCAACAUAUUCACUAGGUUAUCUACGUCUUUGAAUUUUGGUGUCAAGCCAGCUCUGACCUAAAUGCAACAAAACCACAAAUAAGGGUUUAGGCAGAAU